AUGCCCACCACUGCCUCUUCUCGGUCCUAUCGAGCUCUUGUGCCGGAGCCAUACAACCAGUCCGACGACAGAAGCUGUGGCCAUCUAGUUCGAAUUCACAAGGCAUGCGGCCGUUGGCCUUGGGAGCUUGUCCAAGGACUCACUCCCGAGAGAUGGGGCGAAAGUGCAGCCGAAAAGCUUGCUUUGGCGGUUGAGAGAGUCUACUUAGGCCCAUCUUCGAUUACCAGAUCCGAAUUAACUGAACGGCUCAUGACAGAAAUUCGCGAGUCUAGAGACAGGCAGAUCACACACAAGAUCUGUGCUGAUCCGGCGUCUUUCCAGAAGCGAACACUAAGAACCAGCAUUUCGUCUACUGGCGAGGGACGUCCUAUCAAGCAAAGCAGGAAGGCAAACACCAAAGCUCAACGUGGACAUGUUUAUCAAGAGCAUGUACGAAGCUCGGGACGCGCGACGGAUCCGGAUCCAGUCCUAGACGCAGACCCAGGCCCAGACCCAGACCCUGUCGCACACACGGAAGUAGACCGUGACCCCGAGCCGGAUCCUAGUAUGGACAUGAAUCUGGACCUGGAUCUGGACAUGGACCUCGUCAACCCCGUUGAUGUUCCUGACACAAAUAAUACCGGCACCUCCGUCGGCGAGUCUAGAAACGCAAAGGACGAUGAAGCGUUGGAGGAAUCAAUUCUUCGCCUCGAAGCAGCUCAUUCGCGCCUCGAAAACUAUGAGAAUGAACUACGCAAUGAAAGACAAGCUUGCACAUCCCUAGACAUCAUGAUCGCCAACGCAGAAAAAGCCAUAGGCAUCGUCAGCAAGCAACGAGACGACGCCAUUCAACAAGUUCUCAUUGAAGAGACCGACCUAACCAAGAUGAAACGUUUCGCCAUGAAUUUGAGCGAGAACAUGCGGGUGUCAAUGAAUAAGUCCAUUGAAGACACCGGACGUGCCCUCAGUGAGACAGUCAAGAAAAGGGACAGCGCCGAAAAGAAUCUGCAGAUGAAGCAAAAAGGGCUCAAUCAACAAACUAAUGCACGGAAAACAACACAAUGCUACAUCAAUUUACUCCCAAGGUUCAUCAGCCUAUGCAAGAACGAGAUUAAUACCGAGAAAGAGAAUCAAAAAAUCCUAUUUCUGAGGCGAGACCUGCGAUCCCUAGACCCCGAGGGCCUCAGCCGUAUUUUCGACGCUGGACUUUCCCAGUGUCUUGAACUGAUGGUGAAGAUUCAGGAAGAAAAGAUCUGA